AUGGCAUCGUCGUCGCCUCAAGUCAAGAUGGACAGCGCUAUCCGCGCUACUGAUGAGUAUGCUGCCGCCUUCGACCUUGAAGUGUGGAAGGCGCAGCAGCAGCUCCGAUACCAGGCACAGCUGCGCCAGGCGAAGGAGCGGCUGGAACGCCGCCUGCACAAGGAGGCACGAGAGUCGGAAAAGAAAAAGAUGGCGGAGCUGGAGCGGCUUCGCCAAGAGUUAGAGACAAUGGGGCACCGCCUACAGGUGGCCAGUGAGACAUUGGAAAAGCGCACCGCUCAACUGGAUGCUCGCGAGGCUGCUUUCAAUGUGAAGCGAGUGAAAGUGGCAGAGCAGCAUGAGGCGUACGUCGCCCGCGCUGAGGAGCAGGCGCGCCGCACACGUGAGGAGGCUCAGCUUGCCCAAUCCAGCCUUCAAGCAAGAUUGCAAGAGAAGGACCGCAUGAUUUUGCAGCUGCAGGAGCGAGUGAGCUCGGCACAGCAAGAGUACGAUCUGCUCCGGCGACGCGCGGCGCGUUACCUGUCUGAGCAGAACGACACAGAAGGUCAGCGACUUCGGGAGCAAGAGUGCGCGCUGAGCCUUUCGCAGACACAGCUGGCGGAGACGCAGCGCCAGCUGCGAGAGAAAAGCGCGGAUGUGGCUCGCCUGGCAGAGUCGCAGGCGAGCUUAGAACAGCAGCUGCACGAGCUCAAGCGGCAGCUCGCAAUCGUCACGCGCAAAUACCAUCGUCUUCGAGAAGAGUGCCAGGCGCGCGAGUGGGAGCGUCUGCGCAAGGAACAAGGGGCUCUGAGCCCAACGAGGCGAAGACAGUCCCUACAUGCGCAUCGGCUACAGCAGCCGCAGCAGCCGUUGAGUGCACCUUUUGUGCCAAGUGGUUUUAUCAACGGUGAUGCAUCUACCACAGCGGGGAACAUAGCCAGCGGCGUCGCAGAGCGAGAUGACUUUUACGCAAUGUUGACAGAGCUGAGGCAGGAGGUGGCGGCUGGGCUAGCGGCGGUCAACCGAACCUCGCGGCCAGGACCCCUUCCCUUCACAAUUGUCGAGAGACCUCCAGGGACUCUUCACUCGACCGCCCGCGACACCAGCUGCCACUCCCACGCUUCCCCGCAGACACGCACGUGCACCACUUCCAUCACCGCUGGGGAGAGCGCUGGCGAUCCUACAACAGGUGUCCCUUCCCGUCAGGACACCACACUAGAGACGUCCUCUGUCUCUGGGGUUUCGCGCAUUUUACAGAGGAAGUCGCCACCGCAUGCGCACCGGAGGCCGCAAGUGGGUGAUUCAGGCGCUGAGACAAGCGUGGUGGUAGACAUGGGGGACACUUCUAUCGACAGCGCCUAUCCUCCAAUUGACUUGCCGCCGUGGACGACAUCCAUGAUUGCGGAUGAGGAGGACGGCGUUGCCUCACUGCCGUCCGUGCGCGCCAGCACCCUUCCCCCACUCGCCCCGGCGCAGCGCGGCCUCGAGGAGGCGUCGCCCGACACUGCUUCACCACACAUCUCACCAACGCCAGAGGAGUUUGUACUAGCCAGGAGUGCACCUCUGGAUGACACGUCGAGCGCCGCGAAGUCGGCAGCGGCACGGCGUGACAUGGAGACUUUUCUGCAACAGCUGAAAAUGAAUCGUGAGAAGCUCUUGGAGACCGGCGUGUACUCGGAGGAUGAUCAGGUGGUGAAGGAGAUGGGGGAGAAGAUACGCAUGUACGAGCACUACUUGGCCCAGCAGCGGCAGUGA